ACUCAGCCUUCAUGGAGGGGAAUGGACUGCAACCAAUCGCCUACCUCAGCAAGAAACCACACGGGGCAGAACUCAACUACCCAAUACACGACAAAGAGGCCCUUGCUAUUAUCAUCGCCUUCAAAACGUGGAGAUGUUAUCUCGAAGGACGACAAACAACCGUCUACACCGACCACUGCAGCCUGAAAUAUUUGAAGACACAACCAAACCUCUCCAGGCGGCAGGUCCAGUGGAUUGACUUCCUCGAGACGCACUUCCACUAUGACAUCGUGUACAAGCCCGGCCACAAAAACAAAGCUGACGCUCUCAGCCGACCUGCACACCAGAAAAAAACAGGACUACUACAGCCUCUUCCUAUCCUAGAACAGCCAUGGCAAGUGGUUAGCCUGGAUUUCAUCACCGGGUUACCAACUACCACUAGCGGUCAUGGCGCAAUCCCCGUCAUCAUCGACAAAUUCUCCAAAAUGGGACACUUCAUCCCGACACACACGACAGCACGCACCGAAGAGACAGCACAACUAUUCAUUCGCUACAUCAUCUCACAACAUGGCAUUCCCACAACACUCAUCUCCGACCGAGACCCCAAGUUCACCAGCAAGUUCUGGAAGGAACUAAUGUCUCUGCUCGGGACCAAACUCGCCAUGUCAUCCGCCUACCAUCCGCAGACAGAUGGACAGACCGAGCGCCUCAACCAAAUUGUGGAGCAACUCCUCCGCGCAGCAUGCAAGGACGAAAUCUCUAAAUGGGACUUGCAUCUGCCCGUCCUGGAGUUUGCCUACAACAAUGCCACUCACGCCGCUACUGGACAGACAACGUUCUUCCUCUGCUACGGACGCCACCCGCUCAUGCCACAAAAACCGACAAGAUCAGCUACAGUUCAACCCGCACACGACUUCAUCACAACCAUGCAUCUGUUUUGGGAUCGGACCCACAAGCGCCUUCUCGACAUUCAGCAGCAACAGAAGCGGCAGGCCGAUUGCCACCGCACUGACCACACCAUCACCGUGGGAGACCAAGUCCUACUUGACACCCGCAAUAUCAACAUCAGUCAUCUCCCAUCCAAACUGCGACCUCGCUUCUGCGGGCCCUUUCUCGUUGAAGCACAGGUUACUCCUGCUACCUUCCGCUUACGCCUACCAACUACCUGGAAGAUUCACAACGCCUUCCAUGUCCAACUUCUGAAGCCCUAUCGCGACCCUAACACGGUCUUCACCGGACGCCAACCGCCGCCGCCGCCGCCCGUCCUCAUCCACGAUGAACCCGAGUACGAGGUCGAGUCCGUGUUUGCACACCACCGUCGACGGAAUGGCACCGUGGAGUUUCUCAUCUGUUGGAAGGGUUAUGAUCCUUCUGAGGACUCUUGGGUUCCUGAAUCCGAGAUGGGUAACGCCCGUCGUCCUCUUCGCGACUACCUUAUCAAGCAGGGUGUUACUUCUACCACCCAGCUUUGAGGGGGGGAAGUGUGAGAGAACGACC